ACCAGACAAUUCCUCACUCGAAAACGAAUAUUUAAGACACAGUCAUCAAUUUCGAAUUCAGUUUGACUGAAAUUGUGGAGAAUGGCGCAUCGUUUGAUCUUCUUGUCCAUUCUGUGUGGGCAUCUUUUGUAUUCGGGGAAUUGUUCGGCACCUAUUCAAAGCAGCGCCAAUGUAGCGCCAUUCCUCACCUAUCUUUGUGACGAUGAUUUAUUGAAGAGCGCGGUCAACAAGGUGGAGCUCUUAAGCCUCAAAUUAGAGAGUUAUAAUCUGCAUAUGCAAAGCGAAUUAAUGGCAAUGAAGGAGCAGCUUCUUCGUGAAAUAAAGGAAAUAAAGAAGUAUGAGGAAUCUGUGCCACCUGCAACCAAGAAACCAGCAUCGUGUACCGAAGCGAUGCGUCAAGAAAACGGGAACUAUGCAGAGAGUGGCGUUUAUGAACUUUAUCUCCCAGAAUUCCUUCAACACCCUUUCAAUGUUUAUUGUCUUCGUGAUCCUGAUGGCGGUGAACCAUGGACUAUAAUUCAACGCCGUCAAAGCAACGACACCGACUUCUAUCGCGAGUGGGUUGAGUAUGAACACGGUUUCGGCGACUUGAAUGCCAAUUUCUUUCUCGGCUUGGAUAAAAUACAUGCUCUGACGAAUUCGCGAUCUCAUGAUCUUUGGUUUCAAUUGGAGGAUUUUGAAAAUGAGAAACGUGUUGCCAAGUACGAUUAUUUCGCUAUAGGCAACGCUCAAGAUAAGUAUAAGUUAAUUGCGCUUGGACAAUAUUCAGGCACGGCCAGUGACUCGUUCUCUUAUCAUUUCGGGCAAAAAUUCAGCACUAAAGAUAAUGAUAAUGACAAAAGUAGUGAGAACUGUGCGGUGUAUUGUAAGGGCGCUUGGUGGUAUAGGAGUUGUCAUGAGAGCCAUCUGAACGGUUUAUAUUUAGGAGGAGAAUAUCCAAAAAGUCAGGAAGGUGAAGGCGUGACGUGGGAAUCCUGGCGUGGAGAAUACUACUCCCUCAAAUAUGUACAUAUGGCUAUAAGACCAAAGUAUUAUCACUGAAAUUGUGGUUUGCUAUUGAAAACCUUAAAGCUGUUGAAACUAAAUUAACUAAGCAUAAUGUUUUAUAAAACUUUGCAUAUUCUAUUUAACAACAAUUAAUAAAUUUUAGAAAAACA